UCUUAAUUAACCACUAAACAUUUCUAGUAAAUUUUCCGGAAGACUAGUGAUUCAUGCAUUAAUAUUCAUCCAGCAGAGAAUGCGUGGGGAGAAUGAAUAGGUAAGAGAGAAAGAGAGAGAAAAGAUAGAGCGCGCAGAACAAAGGUGGGAGGGCGCGUUGGCUGGUCGGCGGCAGGAAUAAGCGGUCUUUUCCUGCGAGUCGUCAAGGCGUGCAGUUGUCCUUACUCACUCACGAAGCAGCUCUCCACCGUUCAACAUGUCUAACCCACAGGUGUUCUUCGACAUCUCUGCCGACAACAAGCCUCUCGGCAGGAUUGUCAUGGAGCUGCGUGCUGAUGUUGUGCCCAAGACUGCAGAGAACUUCCGUUCCCUCUGCACUGGGGAGAAGGGCUUUGGAUACAAGGGCUGCACAUUCCACCGUGUUAUUCCCAACUUCAUGUGUCAGGGUGGUGAUUUCACUGCUGGCAAUGGUACAGGUGGGAAGUCCAUUUAUGGUUCGAAGUUUGCUGAUGAGAACUUCAACCUUCGUCAUACUGGCCCUGGCAUUUUGUCCAUGGCCAAUGCUGGGCCUAAUACUAACGGCUCUCAGUUCUUCCUCUGCACUGUCAAGACUGCCUGGCUGGAUGGCAAGCACGUUGUCUUCGGUUCUGUUGUGGAAGGCAUGGAUGUGGUCCGUCAAGUUGAAGGCUACGGCUCACCCAAUGGUAGCACCAGUGCCAAGAUUAUUAUUGCCAACUGUGGUCAGUUAUAACAUUCCUAUUAAGCACUUGAAAGCAACUGUAGAAGUCAACACUGCAGUGUUAGUAGGAACAAUGUACGUUACGUGAAUUAAGAAAAAUUUCAUCUUGCUUUAAGAUUUGUUUUGCAUGGUUUCAUUGUAUUGAAUGUUGACGCCAGGCUGAUAUUCAGUGUUAGUCGUCUACUCCCUUGUCAUCAAUAAAUCAUGAAGAUUA